UCUACUCCGAGGGCACUCUCACUUUAAUCGAAAGCAGAGGGACAGCGAGUGAAUAAUCAUCACCUCCUUAUGGCACACCCAACCCAUCAUAUCUUUUUGUGGAAAAUGUUAAACUAAAGCCUGUGAGAGUAGGUUAAAAGCUUUUGUAAAGAGUGCACUGUUUAGAGGAGGAUACCCAGAUCCAUGCGCAGCGCGUUAUUGGCCAUGGAGACCUUUACGCGCUACAGAUAACAAGUCUUUGUGAAACAAAGACAACAAAGUAAUGGAUCAAAACUGCAAGUGAUUUUUUUUCAUACUCUGAUAAAGUUAUGGCCGCGCUACGGAGGAAAUUUGGGGAGGACUAUCAGGUAGUGAAUACAAACCGAGACACCACCGCUUUUACCGCACCUGUCAAAAAGAAACGCCAGCGGUUCGUGGAGAAGAACGGUCGUUGCAACGUGCAGCACGGGAACCUCGGCGGGGAGACCAGCCGAUACAUCUCCGACCUCUUCACCACUUUGGUGGACCUCAAGUGGCGAUGGAACUUACUUAUCUUUGUUCUGACCUAUACAGUAGCAUGGCUGGUCAUGGCUUCUAUGUGGUGGAUCAUCGCCUACAUCAGAGGAGACAUAAACCAUGGUCACGACUCGUCCUACACCCCCUGCGUUGCCAACGUUUACAACUUCCCCUCCGCUUUCCUAUUCUUCAUAGAGACCGAGGCCACCAUCGGCUACGGCUACCGCUACAUAACGGAGAAAUGUCCAGAGGGCAUCAUUCUCUUCUUGUUCCAGUCGCUGCUGGGGUCUAUCGUGGACGCCUUUCUGAUCGGCUGCAUGUUCAUUAAAAUGUCCCAGCCUAAGAAGCGCGCAGAGACGCUCAUGUUUAGCCAGGACUCAGUGAUCUCGCAGCGCGACGGGAAACUGUGCCUCAUGUUCCGCGUGGGCAACCUGCGAAACAGCCAUAUGGUGUCUGCGCAGAUCAGGUGCAAACUCAUAAAGUCUCGUCAGACCCCGGAGGGAGAGUUCCUACCCCUGGACCAGUGUGAGCUGGAUGUGGGUUUUGGGACGGGUGCGGACCAGCUCUUCCUAGUGUCACCUCUCACCAUCUGCCAUGAGAUCAAUCCUAAGAGCCCUUUCUUUGACCUGUCCCAGCGAUCCCUCAUGAACGAGCAGUUUGAGAUUGUUGUCAUCCUGGAGGGCAUUGUGGAGACCACAGGUAUGACGUGUCAGGCGCGGACAUCGUACACGGAGGAUGAGGUGUUGUGGGGCCACCGCUUCCUGCCCGUCAUGUCUCUGGAGGAGGGAUUCUUCAGGGUGGACUACUCCCAGUUCCACAGCACUUUCGAGGUCAACACCCCACCCUACAGCGUCAAGGAUCACGACGAGAAGUCCUCCCUGCCUUCACCCCUCUCCACCCCCACGCUGGGCGAGAGCCACGGGCACGCCCGACGUGCCCGGGUCUUCUCUGUGGACUGCAUCAACACUACGGACCGAGAGGAGCGGGCAGGGCAGUCCAGGCUGCCCAGUAAGCUUCAGAGGAUGAGCUCGUCUGGGAAGGAGGACCUACAGAGGAAGGUUCUGAUGCUGAGCUCCCAGCACUCCGAGAAGGCCUGCAGUACUGGAGACCUGCCUCUCAAGUUGCAGCGUCUCAGCUCCUCCCCCGGUCCAGAGGCUGCAGCUCGGCUGCAGCUCAAGGCCUUGAAACUGGGCUUUGAACCCAUGACCCAGUCCACUGGAGACCUGCAGCUGCCCCCCACCCCAGCCCCUGUCCCCGCCCGCAUCCACACCCCUCUGCCCUCAGGAGGGGGCCGACCAGAGGACAACCUGCCUGCCAAAUUACGCAGGAUGAAUGCUGACCGCUGAGGUCAUCAUGACCAGACUUUGCAUGCAUCCCAAAUGGAACCCUAGUCUCUAUUUACUGCACUACUUUAGAACAGGGCCCAUAGCGGGCUCUGGUCAAAAGUGAUGCACUAUGUAGGGAAUAGGGUGUUAUUUGGGACACAUCCCCAGAGUCUAACUUCUCUUUGACCACACAUCAAACUAUGGAGAGAGGGAAAAUGGAAUGUGACUGAAAGACAAUGAUAUGGAAGGGAAAAAUAACUGAUGGAUGGUGUGUCACUAUUUCUGUUUUUUCAAACACAAUCUUUACUGGAAUUACUGUGAUUUUUGGGUGUUUUAUAGCAACAGUGUUCGUACUGGUCAAACACACACACACACACACACGUUAAUCUUUCUAUCAUCACACACACACUCUAAAGAAUUGUGCAUGUAUACAAUCAAUCCAUCUGAAUGCACUACAAUCCCCCUCUCUUAGUUUUAAACAAAUAAAAUAUAUUUAAGAUGAUAAACAGACUUACAGACAUACAGACACACACACUCUCUUUCAAUUGACUUGUAGCCCGUUGUAGCUGAAAGGAAUUAUGAUUAUUAUAUAGAGUAGGAUAUACAUUAGUCACAAGACUUCUCUCACAAUGAAGUAUAUAUGGUAUAAAUGAUUCGGGAGGAAUGCGUAAUAGCGUUUUUUUUACUGUACCCAAAUUAUGGCGUGCCGUGUAAAGGCACACACGGGGAGGAAGACCAAACAAACAUGUAACAAAAACACAGGGUUGAAACCCAAACAAAAGAGCGAGGAGUACCUCGAAUAAAUACACACGCGCACAAUGGUUAACGCACGGGACGAGACCUGUAAUCAUCUGCGCAAUCCAUAAGGGCAUGAAAGCCCAAAACACAGGUACUCACACGCACCAAUGGACAUUGUGACAAUAAUAAACCCCCCAAUGGAAACCAAAGGGCACACAUAUACAAAUACUAAUCAGUGGAAAUAGGGGACAGGUGUGUGUGAUGAAAGUUCCGGAGGGAUCCGUGACAGUCUUCAUUGUAAAGUCCAAAGGCAGACUUUAAGGACAGAAGCUUUGAAAUGGACACAACCUUUAACUCAUCUGAACGAAUGGAGAGGAAAAAGUGAAGAGGGAGGAGAACAGAGAGAAAAGAAAGAGUGGAGAGGGUCACCUGAGCUCAGGGACAGAAGUGCAGCGUAGGCUUUGGGAGGAUUAGUCCAUGUUUGCGUCCCAAAUGGCCCAUAGGGCUCUGUUUAAAAAUAUUGCACUAUGAAGGGGAAUGGGGUGCUAUUUGGCACGCAGCCAACACAGGCCUCAGUGGGAUUUAGCACUCCUAUGAGUAGAGGGUUCAGACAAACGGAUGUAGGAUAGUUGGAGGCACCCACCCACCAAGCACUAAUUUCUCCACCAACGCCACAAAGGGAGGAGAUUCGACCAGGGGAAUUCGAUUUUCCCUACUUGAGGUGCACGCCUGAAGCGACCUGCGUGGAGGGAUCUCUAGCCUCUGGUAAUGAAUUCCUCACUGCGUUCGCCCACUCAGAGUUUAGGCUAAAGCCUGACCUGAUCCACACGAUCCAAACUUUUCAUUUAGCAGCAUAAAGAGUGUGUGUGUGUGUGUAUGUGUGUGUAUCUAUUUGCUCACACUCUUAAACACUACACUUCUUCCACUGGCUCAGCAGAGGACAAGUCACCCAAUCAUACUACAACGAUGAAUAGCCUCAUUACAAUAAGAGGAAAGGGACGAGUGACCGGGACUGAGCUCAAUCGACACCUCUUCAGAAGAUGAUUACAAUACACUCUAAUAUCACGGUCACAGACCACAUGCACUUAACAAAGAUGACAUACUGUAUGAACGAAUCGAUGCACCACACAAGAGCGCAUUACUCUCAUAUACAGAUGUAGGCUCUUCAUUUGAUCACCCUGUUCCAGGAGAACUUUCCUGCGUUGAAGAAAAUGUUUAACUUGUAGAGUAUUUGAGAUUUAAAAAUCAGGCUAGAAGAUACUCUGGACCUAUGCACAUCACACAUUCUUAUUUGUCCUCAAAAGUCCAAUUCAAAGGUCUGUCAGAACUCGCUACAUGCUAAUAAUAAGGAUAUUGAAGACCUUUCCUGUGCGCAUCAUUUCCUGCUCCUUAUUGUGAUGUCUUAUUCAGGAGUGUCAGAGGUUAUUUAGGUAAAGAUCUGUCCCAGAGAUAACACCUCCACUGGGUAAAAAUACCAGGAGCAUGAAUACUUUGUUUGCGUCAAAAAUGGCACCCUAUUCCCUAUUCAGUACACUACUUUUGACCAGGGCCCAUAGGGAAUAGGGUGCCAUUUGGGAAGCAUAUUUGGCAUGGUGACGUACAGCACAGUGAGAUUAAAGAACCGUCUCCCUUUAGAUUGUCUUGUCUGC